UCAUCGCUAUGCCGUUUGGGAAGUCGAUCAGGGACACUUUCGAACUUGGUUAAAAAGUUUCACCCAGAACGUAAUAGAAUUAGACGCGACUAAAUGUAUGUGGUAUGUGUGGAGCCAAGCUGAUCGACGCGUAUGUUCCAGAUACACGAUCAUCAGAUCCUACUUUCGUGAAAGUGACUACGAUAAAAUUCACAGCUUGAAAUAUAUGAGCGUCUCGCCGUACGAAUUUAGGAGACGACAAAGCCGGUUCGAGUCCUAUUGUCCUCUUUGCUUGUACUACGAGAACACGAUGAAGACAUCGGGACCUCCGGAUCAUCGAGGCACGAUUCAGUUUAGGGAACACUUCUACUGGAUUUGUUCGCAACAUAUCAAUGAAUUUAUUCAACACCCGCACAAAUAUCUUCCACCGGCGAACAAUGCGUAUCCACCGGAAGAUCGUCCGCGAAUUUUAACCGAAACGAUCGACUUGGAACAUUCGUGUUGGGCCAAACGUUUGCAAGUCAGAGGAUUUUGCUUAGUAACGUACUUCGAUGGAUUACCAAGUCGAAAACUUGUACCUGGAAAAAUAGUUACAGCAGUUUUGUACAAAGACAAUUUAUACCUGUUCUGUACGGAAGAUUGUCGCGAUAAAUUUUUAGCGCAACCCGAUAAAUACGCGAACGUUCAAAUGAAAUUUUUAUAUACGAUGCCAACGAUCGACGUAAAAUCUCUGCCAAAUGUUGGUUUCUUGGAACAAACGGUUUCCAAAUUUUAUCUUUCAGCACGUCGCGUACCCGUUCCUGACGCAAGAUUCGAUUACCUGUGCGAAUAUUUUAAGCCAGCUAGCAAAGUUCCAGCUUUCUUAAAUGUCGUGGACAUCGCUGGCUUGGUCAAAGGUGCCGCGGAAGGACAAGGCCUGGGAAACAAUUUCUUAUCGCACAUCAACGCUUGCGAUGGGAUUUUUCAUCUUUGCCGAGCGUUCGACGACGACGACGUUACUCACGUGGAAGGAGACGUGAAUCCCGUGAGAGAUCUCGAGAUAAUUAGCGAGGAAUUACGGUUGAAAGAUAUCGAGUUUUUAAAUGGUCAUCUGGAGAAGCUGGAGAAGCUCGUUGUCCGAGGAAACGACAAGAAACUAAAGCCUGAAUACGAUACGUUAUUGAAAGUGAAAGGUAUAAUGGUGGAUGAAAAGAGGCAUAUCAGGUUUGCCGACUGGAGUGCUACUGACAUCGAGGCUCUCAAUAAAUAUUUAUUCCUCACGUCAAAGCCAGUCAUUUAUUUAGUUAAUCUGUCCGAAAAGGAUUACAUACGUAAGAAGAAUAAAUGGUUAAUCAAAAUCAAAGAAUGGGUUGAUAAGAACGAUCCAGGAGCUAUUUUAAUCCCAUUCAGUGGAACUUUCGAAAAUAAACUUUUCGAUAUGGAUGACGCAGAACGUGCGAAAUAUCAAGAAGAGAACAAAGUUACGAGCGCGCUUGACAAGAUUAUCGUUCAAGGAUACAAAGCGUUGCAAUUGCAGUACUUCUUUACAGCGGGACACGAUGAAGUGAAAGCAUGGACGAUCCAGAAAGGUACAAAAGCACCUCAAGCUGCUGGCAAGAUUCACACAGAUUUCGAGAAGGGAUUCAUCAUGGCUGAAGUCAUGAAAUUCGACGAUUUUAAAAACGAAGGAUCGGAAGCAGCGGUAAAGGCCGCCGGAAAAUAUAGGCAACAAGGACGAAACUACGUCGUCGAAGACGGAGACAUCGUUUUCUUCAAGUUUAACGCUGGUGCUGGAUUAAAAGAUGCAAAGAAAAAGUGAUGGCACGUUUUACUCAUGUUGUUGCUCGUUCAUCUGUACAUCAACAUGAUCGCCAUGUUUUGUUGCACGCGCGAUUUGCGCAUGAAACGAUCAAAAUCGCUUUCUGAUACUCCUUAAUUUCAUUUUUCCUUCAAUUUAAGAUCGUAUAAUAUCAUAGUUGGUAUCGAUAGUAACGUUUUUAUAGCAAGAUUUCGAAUUGUACUCAAAUAGAUAUUUUUAUAUGUUCUAUUACGCUAUAAAGAUAAAAUAUCCUAUGCUUAUACGAUCAACGUAAUUUGUCAAUUCAAUGCUUUUUCUUUUAUUUUAUACAAGAUCAUAAUGACGGUAACUUGCAUUUUUAAACAACAACAAAUGUAAAUAGAUGAUAAGAGCUUGAUGAUAUAAUACGCUGCUUUUUACCACUCGGAACAACCAGUAAACCACAAAACGAUCAUUGUACGUUUUCUAAUGUUUCUUUGUAUAUUUCCAUAUUUAUUCUAAAUAUAUUUCUUUAAAAGAUAA